UAAUGCUAAGAAUUUUUGGUAGGGUUUCCCCCUGCCAACCAGGCAUGUGCUUCUUAAAAUAUUUAUUGAUAUCCAGAGCCAAUUGUUCCACAGAUACACUGAUUGGUAAUGGCUCUUGAAAAUUAUCUUCUGUCAUUCCCCCAUAUUUUAAGAGCUCUGCCUUUAAUUGUGCCCAAUAAUCACUAGGAUGUUCAUCCGAUUUUUGCCUGCAUUCCAUAACUUUUGUCCAAUUAGUCACUUUUUCUCCACACUGUCAUACAGCUUCUAUAAGUUGCUGCACAGCAGUCUGGUAAAUUCUCACUCCUUCUGUAGUGGUCAGAUUCCAAUUUGGAUCCUGGUCUGGCCAAGGGAUUAACCCUUGUCCUCUUUGGGCUAUCCCUCUUUCUUUUAGGAAUAUUUUUCUCUUUCUUCAGGCUGAAAUAGUUCUCACAAUAAAGUUUUCAUAUCAUUCCAAUUAGGCCUAUAAUCUGUUACUCUGCCAGAUAACAACUGUGCACAUUUUUCUGCAGCAUGUCUCAGCCUGGGCAUGUUACUCUUCAGGAAACUACAUCUCCUCGUUUCCAAGAUUCAUGUCUCUACUGCAGUAACCGCAGGGACAUCAGGAGGAGCUCCUGGUCCAGUUCUUGGAUUUGGCAUGUAUUCAAGCCUCAUUAGAUACAUUCCUGCAGAGACAAGAGAUGACUUCUGUUCUCCAGCCCCGAGAAUGUACAGUGACCAAAAAGCCCCAAAAGAGCUACGGAUUCUACCUGCGUAUUGAGAAAGACACAGCAGGGCAUCUCAUCCGGAAUGUGGAAAAGAACAGUCCAGCUGAAAAGGCUGGCUUGAAGGAUGGAGACAGAGUCCUCAGGGUUAAUGGUGUGUUUGUGGACAAGGAGGAACAUGCACAGGUGGUAGAGACUGUCAAAAACAGCGGGAAUUCUGUCGUACUUCUUGUUCUGGAUGACGCAUCCUAUCAAAAGGCAGAAAAGGAGGGAGUGAACUUGGAAGAGCUGGGCCAAAAGGUGUCAACAGGACAGCAGCAGGAGCAGCAGUCCCCACUGCCCAUGGCCAAUGGAGCAACCACUGCAGUUCCACAACCCCGGCUCUGCUACCUAGUGAAGGAGGAGAAAGGCUAUGGCUUCUCCCUGAAAACCACAGAAGGACAGAAGGGGUUGUUCAUAGUAGAGCUUUCAUCACAAGGAGCAGCUGCAAAGGCUGGUGUCCAAAAUAAUGAUCGCCUGAUUGAAAUCAAUGGAAAAAAUGUGGAAAAUGACACACAUGAGGAAGUGGUAGAAAAGGUGAAGAAGUCUGAAAAUCAUGUUAUGUUUCUACUUUCAAAUGAAGAAACAGACCACUAUUACACAAGCCAGAAGAUGGUACUUAGCAAAGAGAGUGCCAGCCUAAGAUUGCUUCCCCUCAAACCACGACUUAUUGAGAUCCAGAAGGGGAAAAAUGGUUACGGCUUUUAUCUACGGAUGGAACAAAGUACUGGUGAUCAUGUAAUCAAGGAUGUUGAUUCUGGGAGCCCAGCAGCUGAGGCAGGUCUCAAAGACAAUGAUAUCUUAGUAGCUGUCAAUGGCGAGCAAGUGGAUGGUCUGGAUCAUGAAAGCGUAGUGGGAAAAAUUAAGCAGUCUGAGGCAAAAACCACACUGUUGGUAGUGGAUAAGGAGACUGAUGCCAUGUAUAAACUGGCUCAAAUUUCCCCCUUCUCAUACUACUACAAAGCACAAGAUCCAGCUCCAGCUAAAACAGAGGAAAGAGUGGAGUUGCACACUGAGCAGAAAAUGAACCACAAGCCAAGAAUCUGCAAGAUGGUGAAAGGGCCUAGUGGAUUUGGCUUCAGUUUAAACAUGAUCAAGAACAAGCCUGGACUGUUCAUCAGUGAGGUACAAAACCACGGGCCAGCUGACACAGCAGGUGUAGAAAAUAACAACUUUUUGGUGGAAGUGAAUGGGGUGAAUGUGAUCAAUGAAUCCUAUGACAAAGUGGUGGCCAGAAUCCAAGAUAGUGGUGACAGACUGACACUACUGGUGUGCAGCAAAGAUGCUUACAAAUACUUCCAGGACCAAAACAUUCCCAUCACAGUCUCUAUGGCAGAUCCAGCCCAUGACACUUCUGAACCUCCUGCUUAUACAGAAAACAAUCCGUCAAAGCCAGAGACACACUCACCUGAACCAAGGGAAAGGGCAAGCUCAUCCUCCUCUUCACAAUCAGCUGCCUCUACAAGAGCAGACAGUGACAACAACGAUGACACAAAGUUGUGAGGAGACAAACUAUGCCAAGAACAAAAAAGAAACCUUCCAAAUCCUCUUUCGUCAUUCAUUCUUUGCUACUACACCUCCCAGAACUUUACUAUUCCUAGUGAGUGCCAUACCUGUAAAGGACUGCAAUCUCUUGCUGAAAUGCAGCUGCCUGAAAUAAACACUUCAGUGUAAUUUGCAUUCAUUUAA